CAACACCGGUGAAAUGUUAAAGUUGUCCCCCAUACUUGUCAUUUUAACCCGCCUGUCGUAAAUCGGCGUUACGUCUAACGUAAAUUGCCGAAGUGCGACGGAACCGUUAAAUUACAUUACAUUCGUGUUUCCAGCACCGACCGACAAACUCAAGAUGAACCCGAGCGGAGUGCGUCAAAGCGGGAAGACUUUCCUGUUCACGUCCGAGUCCGUCGGAGAAGGACACUCGGAUAAAAUGUGUGAUCAGAUCAGUGAUGCUGUGCUCGACGCAUACCUGAGUCAAGACCCCGACUCUAAGGUGGCCUGUGAAUGUGUGGCGAAGACGGGAAUGAUUUUACUGGUUGGAGAAGUGACGUCUAAGGCCAUCGUGGAUCUCCAGUCAGUGGUCCGAAAUACCGUCAAGAAGAUCGGCUACGACGACUCUUCAAAAGGAUUUGACUAUAAGACCUGCAACGUGCUGGUGGCGCUGGAGCCGCAGUGCUUGGAGAUAUCGGACUGUGUGUUUGAAGGCAGGGAUCAGGAGAACAUCGGGGCAGGAGACCAGGGUUUGAUGUUUGGCUAUGCAACCGAUGAGACCGAGGAGAGCAUGCCGCUCACCAUCCUCCUGGCUCACAAGCUCAACUACAGGAUCCGAGAGCUGGGGAUCAGCGGAGAGUGUCCUUGGAUACGACCGGACUCCAAAUCACAAGUCACCGUGGAGUACCGAGACAACUCCGGAGCCAUGGAGCCUCUGCGAGUUCACACCGUGGUCAUCUCGGUGCAGCACAUCCCGGACAUCACCCUGGAGGAGAUCCGACGCAACCUGAUGGAGAAGGUGGUGAAGGUGGUCAUUCCCGCCAAGUACCUGGACGACAAGACCAUCUACCAUCUCCUGCCGAGCGGGAAGUUCCUUAUGGGCGGCCCACAGAGCGAUGCAGGACUCACGGGGCGUAAAAUCAUCGUGGACACGUACGGAGGAUGGGGGGGUCACGGAGGAGGGGCUUUCUCCGGAAAAGACUACUCCAAAGUGGAUCGGUCCGGAGCGUACGCGGCACGCUGGGUCGCCAAGUCUUUGGUCAAAGCCGGACUGUGCCGGAGAGUCCUCGUUCAGAUCUCCUACGCCAUCGGCGUGAGCCGGCCCCUCUCCAUCUCCGUAUUUCACUACGGCUCAUCGAACCGGGACGAAGACGAGCUGCUGCAGAUAGUGCAGAAUAACUUCGACCUGAGGCCCGGGGUCAUCGUGAAAGAGCUGGGGUUGAAGAGGCCGAUCUACCAGGCCACCGCCUGCUACGGUCACUUUGGCCGAGAGGAGUUCCCCUGGGAAAAACCAAAGUCUCUGGUGUUUUGAGUUCACAUCCUACUGAUAAUCAAAUAUCAAUUUCUCCAAAUACUGAGCUGAAAACAUAAAUGUCUUCUACUCUUUGACCAUAAACUGUUAUGGCAGGGGCCGUUGUUGAAGAAUUAUGUGGGUUACCUUUAUUAGUAAAAAAAAAAAGGAUGAAAUAAUGAUCAUGCAGUGAAUGUGAUUUUCUUUUUUUGAAUAUCGUAGAUGAAUUGUCAGAUAUUGUCGAAUGUAUUUUUUAAAAUCAUGCAUUUUGGUUAAAAUUUGGUGAUUAAAAUGCAACGUGAACCUC